AUGGCAGCCCAGUUGCCCACCCUGCACCUGCUGGUCUUGCUGGGGAUGUGGGCCAUCCCCAGCCAUGGAGGAGCCACCCUGAGCGCUGGAGAGCCCAGCCUGCAGCUCAUCGGCGGCGGCUGCCGCUGUGCCGGGAUGCUGGAGGUGAAGUGGGAUGGCAGGUGGAGCCGCGUGUGCCGGGACGGUGUGAGCGAGCCCAGCGUGGACGGCAUUUGUCAGCGGCUGGGUUGUGGCCCCUCCAUCACCAAACCCCUCCAGCUCGUCUUUACCAGCAGGAAGGAACCACCAAACACAUGGCUGCUGAAGUGCACGUGGCCGGUGGCCACCCCGGCGACAUGCCACUGGGUGCUGGGAAAUUGCACGGAAUAUGUCAUCGUCAUCUGCAGUGAGCCGGUGAAAACCACCCCCAAGACCCCAACGUUACCGCCGGCCACCACCCCGGAGCCCACUGGACCCGCCAGGCUGCGGCUGGUGGAUGGGGACUUUGGCUGCUCGGGCUUUGUGGAGCUGCACAGGCAGGGGUUGUGGGGGGCCGUGGCGGAGAGCCCGGGCAUCUGGCUGGAGCUGGCCACCCGCAUCUGCCAGGAACUCCACUGCGGCACCUCCAUCGACAGCCGUAGCUACGCCAAGCCGGAGCGAGGAAGCCACUUGCCGGUCCGGUGGGAGGUGGUGGAGUCCUGCAAGAGCCAUUCACUCUUCGACUGCUUCAACAGGACCAGUGCCCGGCGGGGGGAAGAGCCUGCCUUCAUCAUCUGCUCCGGCUCCCAGCCCCAGGCCCUGCGGAGGCUGGCGGCUGGCCCCACGCCGUGCGAAGGGGACGUCGAGGUCUUUCACGAGGGGCAGUGGCAUGUGCUGUGUGACAAUUCAGUGCAACGAGCCGAGUGGGGCAGGCAGCUGUGUCGGGAGCUGCGGUGCGGGAACCUCUCCUCCAGUACCGAAAUCCGGGACCCCCCUUCGAUGGGUGUCACCUGUAAGGGUCACAACCUGCACCUCUGCCGCACCAGUCUCGGGGCUCUCCAGACCUGCUCCAGGACCAGAGUUGUGUGCCAGGACUCAAAGCCGCAGCCCGCCGGCACGGCAGCAGGCACCAUCGUGAGCAUCUGCCUGGCCCUGCUUCUCUUCGGCAUCCUCCUCCUCAUCUGCGGCCCUCCUGCCUACAGGAGGCUGAUGAAGAGAAUCUCCAAAAAGAAGCAGCGCCAGUGGAUCGGCCCCACGGGACUCAACCAGACGGUCUCCUUCCACCGCAACAGCACCGUCACCCUGAGGCCGCGGGCAGAGGGGCAGCGGGUGCAGGGGGGGGACAACGACUACGCUCAGCCCCCCCAAAAGAGCUCCUACCUCUCGGCUUACCCAGCCCUGGAAGGCAUGUGCAGAGCUUCCAACCCUCCGGACAACUCCUCCGACAGCGACUACGACCUGCAUUCUGCCCGCAGAGUGUGA